GUACAUUUGACAGUUAACAUAAAGACUCAAGCUCAACGCGAAACUAGUGGAAUGUAUUUUACAGAUCCUUUAAAUUAGUGGUGUUGUAGACUGAAAAUUAUGUGUUAAAAUACUUUUGCAGUGAUUAAAUAGUGUAAUCUAUUAAUAUAAUUUGACAAUUUAACAUUUGUAGGUACAUCAUGAGUAAAUUUUCAUCAUUUAUUGAACUUCUAGUUAAACAAACGUGUCGCCGAGCUUCGCAUGAAUUUGAAAUGGGUUCAAAACAUUCAUCGGCACCACCACCGGUUACCGGAGAACGGGAUGCCACUGGAAUAUAUUCUUUAGAAUUCCUUAAAUCUUUACACGACAAACCUAGAGACAACAUUUUUAAACUGUUGAAGACGACGGAUCCCAACGAUACUGAUAGCGUUAAAGGUCCGAACAGCCUCAACUGGUUAAACAACAACAAAGAAUUUUCUGUCAGCGAAAGAAAAAAAUUACUAGAGUUUCUACAUAAAGUAAAAGACAUGUCUCCCUCUAAAUCGAAAAAGUGGAUAGAUCUACACCAUUGCAUGCACUACGUUUAUAGGAAUUUUGCCAGCGUGAGUCCUGAUCCUGCUGCAGAAGUAUUAUCACCAUUUUUCGUUUCAGAAAUGAGAGAAUUAGUUAAAAGUUUACUGGAAGAAGAUGAAAGUCAACUUUAUUUAAGAAUAUUAGCUUUACUUAGAGAAUACUGUAUUUUUGCACAGUGGAAUUAUAGUAAAGCUGAAGGAGGAGACCACCUUAUUACCAAAUUGUUUUAUUAUUAUGAAGCGAUGUUAUCAGCUGCCAAAAAUUUAAGUUCAGUAUUUUCUGAAUUUGAAGUAAUCAUUUAUAGGAAUUAUUCAGUAUGUUGGAUAGAUUUCAAUACAUGUGUGUUCAUCAGGUAUUUCUUUGAAACUGACUAUGUUCAGAAUAAGAUUUACCAGUGUUUGGAGACAAAAAUCAGUCCUGGUGAUACUCCGGCCAUGUUUGGCUUAUUAGAAGAUUUAAAAAAUUUGUGGAUUAAAGAACAAAAAAGGAUAAGAAAAAUAAACGACGAUCAUAGUCUAGUAGAAGGAACAGUAUCAUAUUUUAUAGAAGAAGCAAUGAUUGGUAAUCACAAAAAAGUUUUAACUAGUAAUUUUUGGAUGGAGCGGUCACAACAAGAAAAAAACGAUUUAGAUUUAAGGCGUUUAGACCAUCACUUUUUUCGAUUGCUGGGUGAUCCAUUUUUUCACCCAGCUGGUCCCAUAUUGGAUCGCAACGGACAAUGUAUAUGCGAGGAAUGUCUAAUAGCUAAAUACGAAUUUAUAUUAGAUUCAAGUGAAGAACAAGUCAAUGACAGAAUAUUGAAAAAUAUUAACCGUUUGACGUAUUGCAGAAGGUGUCAAAGGCUUGUCGACUUGGAGAAUUUCCAUCGGCAUAUCAAUAGUCACGCAAUGACAGACGGGAACAAUCCAUUAGUGAAUGGUAUGAAAAAUUUAACUGAGAUUAUAUCGGAAAAAAUUAAUUUUGUAACGUUAGGUAAUGGAUCUGGUGAACUGGCCAAUGGCGAAACGGCCGAGGAUCAAAACGACCAAAAUUCUAUAAACGGCGACAGCAAACAUCUGAACGCCAGACCUAAGAGCUUACGAAACACUUGUGAUAUUCAUUUUUCCAAACCCCAACACGAUCCCAGCGAACUGCAUUGCACCAAAUUAGCGUUCGAAGAGUUCUUAAGGCUAAGGCGGGAGGCCGAUAAGAACGCGCAAAGUUCGAACAAGAACGUUAGAAAUUUCAUCAAAAUUAAGAAAGAUAUUUUUAAUAAUGGCGGUGCUAACGUGCCUGGGAAAGUAGUUUUUAACAAUAUUUUGAAAUCUCCACCCGCGAAAGUAAAAAAGAAUGAGAAAGAAUUUGAGACUGUUACAGUUAAGGAUCUGCAAAAAAAUUCCAAAUCGCAAACACCAGCUUGUAAACCAACAAUAGCUAAGAGUGCAUGUGAACAUCUAUGUAAACAUGAAGAAGAACCUGCAAUUAUCUGCCAAGGUCACGGAGCAGUUUGUGAACACCAGAAGGAACCAAAAAAAUGCGAUUGUACCUACUGCGAAGUUUUUGGAUCGGAAAAAUUUCCGACCGUGGCUUCUCAUACACAUAAAAGUAACGAACUGAGAGACAGAUUGAGGAUACGUCUUCAUCAGCGACGAGAAAAACGAACAAAAGAUACGUGCAAAAACCCGCCAACAACCACGAAUUCCACGGGCACUGUCACAAACGUCAAUGCCACAAAAAUCAAGACUGCCAUUAGUAAAGUAGAAGAACGCGUACCUUUACCGUCAUCGCCAACAAAUAUCCCACCUGCACCGUCGAUUAAGUCAUCAGAUUCCUCUAUAGCGACGUCAUCUGUAGCGACAUCGACGGGUACUGGCACCACAGAUGACAUACACGGUUUAGUCAAUUACAUCGAGGGUAAUACGGCGUUGAAUAAGAUGGAGCUAGCACAGAAGAAGGCCGCCAAGAAAGCUCGACAGCGGCAGAAAAAGGAAGAAGAAAGGAUCAAAGCGGAAGAAGAGCACAAACGACUCGAAGCGGAGAUGCGAAGGAAAGAAGCCGAGAAAAAGAAAGAAUUAGCUCGAAAGCAAGCCGAAAAAGAGAAAUCGAAAGCGGCCGCUGAAGCUGCAGCUGCACAAGCUUUAAAAGAACUGAAGAAGAGAUCGAAAAAAGAGAGACAGGCCGAAAAGAGGCGUCAACAAAAAUUAGAACUGGAAGAAAAGUCGAAAGUAGUUGAAGAAACGAUCCCAGCGAUGGUGACAAUAAAAAGAAUAGCGGAAAGCGGCAGUAGUGCCCCAACCGUUACCAUCACCCUCAAAGGAUCCACCCCAGACCAAGAUAAACUUCUCUAUACUCUCGUUAAUGGUUCAGAUGACGCUAGUAGCAAACCUGCAGAACAACCGGAAACAAUCUCCAACAACCCGACGAAGAACAAGAAAAAGAAACAGAAACAACCGGAACCUGCCCCGCAGCUUAAUCAGAAACACAAACCUGCUCCAGUUGCCCCACAAGUUGUAACGAAAGAGCUUAAAGUCACUGUCGCCCUUGACAUGAAUAAGAACCAGCAAACUGCUAACAGUCAAACAGCCAAUCAAAAAUUGGGAAAAAACAAUGUGAAGAAUCAAAUUGAGAAGUGCGUAACUAAACAGAAUACGCAGAAAUCGAAUUUUAACCCGGAUGACCUGCCCAUUCCUAUGUUACGUUUACCUCCAGGUAUUACAAUUACAAAGGUGGAUGGUCCAGUUUCAAGUAGAAAUUACCAUGUGGGUAACAUGGAGGACCAGAAAGGACCCUCAAUAAACGUAGGCAAAUCAGGAGUAAUAGUAGUUGAUACAGAAAAAUUAAUUCAACAAAAGCAAGACCCUGUCCAAGGCAAACUAAGCAAAAGCGCUAAGAAGAAGAAAAAGAAAAACAAAAAGCAAGGCGACGUCAACUCAACCGUCGUCCAAAAUGACGUCAAAAAAAUGGUCACGUUGAAGAACCCAAUAUUCCAAUCUUUCCAACAGAAACCUGAACCUGCGGGGGAUAGGAAUGAAAGCUGCGCUCCAGCCGCCAUUUUUACCAACGAAAACGGAAUGGUGACAAUCAGAAGUUCUCGAUUGCAGCAAUCUCUCUCUAACGGCGGUCUCGCCGAAACCACUCUCAACUCCAUGCCUCUAUCGUCAAUUUCGAAUCUAAUGCCGGAAAUUCAAAAAUCUUCAAAUAGUUCGAAUAUGUUGGACUCCAAAUCGGAUACCAUCUCGCCUUUUAAUGCUCAAGAAAUUUUGUCUGGACUGCCGGGAAUAGAGAUUACGAAAGUCAACAAACGGAGCGCCAAUUCUGAGCCGGAAGUGCACAAGUCGUGUCAAACUGCGCAAGUGUCGAUUAUCCCAUCCUCGAAUGGUGGGGAAAAGUUCAGUUUAGAUAAGGACGAUUGGCUAUAUGAUAACGUUUUUACUCCCAGAGACGUAUUAGAAGACGACAUGGACCCUGAAGAACUGGAAUUGGAAGCCUUCAAGCGUUUCUGUCAACAAUCGAUACCACCUAAGAGGAAAGAAAAAGUUGCUCAUCUAAACGUUGCCGACAUUGUUGUGAAGAAAAAAACUGACGUUAAUUUCGUUUGACUUUAUUGAGCAAGUGUGUUUUAAUUUUUAUUUUUAAACUUCUUUUUUUAUUGAAAUGAUGUGAUAAUUUAUUAUUUUUUGGUCAUUUACUAUAUUUAUAUGAUAUCUAAG